GGCAGGUGCAGACUCCUGAUUUGGAUUAUGAAUCACAUUGACCCAUGAAGGAUUAGCUGGGUGCAGUUUGAGACUCCUCUCUCCUUCCGGCUUGGUGUCUUCUGCCAAGAGGGAUCAGCAGCUUUGUUGUUGGGUAAGGGGGACAAAUGGCCAAGUGGUUUAAGGAUUACUUGAGUUUUGGGAGCAGGAGGUCUCCCCCACAGCCCCCCAAACCAGAUUACACCGAAAGUGAGAUCUUGAAAGCAUACCGAGCUCAGAAGAGCUUGGAUUUUGAGGAUCCCUACGAAGAUGGCAACGGGAAACCGGAUCCGGAUCCGGAAGGCUCCCCAAACAAGGGGGUUGCUGCUGCUGCUGCUGCUGCUGCUUCUGCAGGAAUCAGUUUGGAAGGGAAGUACGGCUCCCCCAAGCACAGACUCAUCAAAGUGGAAGCUUCUGACCUGAACAGGAGCAAAGCCCUCUUGACUGCUGAGGAAGGGCCAACCCAGCCAGAUCAGGCCCCUGGAGAGAGUGAAUACUCCGAUCCCUUUGAUGCCCAGCGGGAGCCAAAAGAAGAGGAGGAGAAGGAGGAGGCCGAGUCUGAGAACAACGGCUACAUGGAACCUUACGAUGCUCAGAAGGUGGUUGUUGAUUUCCAGUGGAAAAGCGACCGGGAUGAGCAAAGGGUGAAGAAAUCCCGGAUCGGGCUGCAGCUGUACGACACCCCCUAUGAGGAGAAGGAGCCAGAGGCGGAUCCGGAGGGCAGGCCCACCAGCAAGCCCCGAGAGAGCCGGCUGCCCCAGGACGACGAGAGGCCGGCCGAUGAAUAUGACCAGCCAUGGGAGUGGAAGAAGAACCACAUCUCUCGGGCCUUCGCAGUAGACAUUAAGGAGAAUAAAGUCUUGCCCUGGCCUCCUCCAGUAGGACAACUCACGGGCACAGAGGAAUCCCUAGAUCCAGAAGUGCAGUUUGAGACCCCAGAUUGGGAAUGGACGUCCCUCGCCGCUGCCUCUUCCACGCACAAAGAACAUUGGCGCCCGCACCUGACGGGGAGCUCCAAGUUUGUCCGGUCACAGAGCCCUGAGCACAGCCUUCCUGCUGCGGAGCGCAUUGACCCCUCGCUGCCCUUGGAAAAUCAGGCGUGGUUUCACGGCACCAUCAGCCGAGCGGACGCAGAAUCCCUCCUGACCCUCUGCAAGGAAGGAAGCUACUUAGUCCGGAACAGCGAGACCAGCCGCAACGACUACUCUCUCUCGCUCAGGAGCAGCCAAGGCUUCAUGCACAUGAAAUUCACCCGGACAAAGGAGAACAAGUAUGUCUUGGGCCAAAACAGUGCCCCAUUCGAUAGUGUCCCCGAAGUCAUCCAUUUCUACACGGCUCAAGAGCUGCCUGUCAAAGGUGCUGAGCACCUCUCCUUGCUGUAUCCAGUUGCCGUUCAGACUCUGUGAAAAGGACUCUGGCCACUGGCUGCUGUGGGAGCAAAGGAGCUGCUCAUUUAUUCUUUAUUUUUCAUUUGAUCCAAAGAGACUUGGCAUGUUGAAUGUCUGGAGUGCAGGACAUCGGGAGGAGAGGCACUCACUUCGGGUCCUCCUGCUCCUAAGUAAGAACAAUGGACAGUCUACCCACCCCCACCCCCCGCCACAUCUCCAGCAGUGGGGAAGGGUUUCCUGGGGUGACCUGCCCUUCCCCACACUUGCUGGGUACCCUGACACCUCUGGCCUUGCUA